ACAAAUUUCACAAAUUUCCCAUAUCCCGCCAUGUCAGACUCAGAGGAAAACAGCAGCAUGUUCGACGUGAGCGCAGAUCUAGUCGCACCGGCAUAUAUAAAGCCCGCCGGCCUCUCAGAAGUGACAUUCGACGGUCUAUUGGCCACCCCGCUAAAGCUUCAUGAGGAUCUGAAGAAUGGAUGUGGAGGGCAAUUGUGGCCGGCUGGCAUGGUGUUGAGCAAGUACAUAUUAAGGAGCCACAGGAACGAUCUGGUGGAUAAGACUAUUGUGGAACUAGGCGCCGGAGUCCACAUAACGGACCAAAUACCAAUGUUCGACCUAAUGAAGAAGAACAUAGCGCUGAACAACCUUUCUUCCAAAGCUGUUGCAAGUGUCUAUGACUGGGGGACACCAGUACCAGCAUCCGUCCCUUCUCAUCCAGACAUCAUUCUCGCUGCUGAUUGUGUAUACUUCGAGCCCGCAUUUCCGCUGCUGCAACAGACGUUGAAAGAUCUGAUCGGCGAAAACACGGUGUGUUACUUCUGCUUUAAGAGGAGAAGAAGAGCGGAUCUACAGUUUAUGAAGGUUGCGAAGAAGAUGUUUGAUGUCAGUGAGGUGGACGAUGACGUUGACAAAGAGAUUUACAGUAGGGAAAAGCUGUUCUUGUACAGGAUAACGAAGAAGAGGAAUUGA